UGCUGAUGAUGAUGAUGAAUGGUGAUGAAUGGUGAUGAUGAUGAUGAUGAAUGGUGAUGAUGAUGAUGAUGAAUGGUGAUGAUGAUGAUGGUGAUAAAUGGUGGUGUGUGGUGAAUGCGAUGAAAGGUUGUUGUUGUUGGUGGUGGUUUUGGUGGUGAAUGGCUGUGAUGCACAGUUGGCGAAUAUGAUUGUGUCACAUCACCUUCGCGCCGUCCUAUGCUUGUUUGUUUGCUCAUGUUUACGAUAGCUGACGCGCCUAAACUGAGAACUAUCCUACCCCAUCUUCCAUCGCAUCACGACCACCGUCAAACUACCACCACCACCCGCCAGUGUGCUUCUUCAACCCCCCUCCACACACACACACACACCUUGCAGAUGUGUUAUCUUGUGCUUUCUUUCACGUUUUCGCUUGUCAUGCUCAGCCCUAACAUGACCUCCUGUGUUGGGAAUGAGCAAUCAAGUAAACCCAGUCACCAAAUUGUCUGUGGUGUUGUUCUUCUGUGCCAGACCUUUUAUCGCAAACACGCACACACACAGUUCUGCUUGCUUGACAGCACGUCAUGCACACACAUUGACACGCGCAGCCAUACAAGCUCAUCAGCAUGAACACGUGACAAU